AUGUCCUCAUCAUCUGCAAUAAUUCUCAAUCGUCCCUUUGAUGCCCACAUUCAAGUCCGUAUAGAAGCAAUUGUCAACAUUGCAGCAGACUCGAACGAAGCCGUUAUCUAUUACCGGUACAGUUUCAUCCUCCAUCACCAAGAGACUGUCACUCCGGCGGGUGCAAAUGCCGCUCGGCGGGGCCUUGGUGCUUUAAGGAGAGAUGUCGGGCGUCACCGUCUUCCAGCGAGCAUCCUCGGACACCAGAUGCAUGGCAGGGUAUUCGAAUCGCCGUACGAGCGGGGUCGAGAGCUCUGA